CUCCCACGGAACUCACGGCAGGAGGCGGCGCCUGCGGCAGUCGGCGGGUCGGUAGCACGUGUGAGGACGCCCCGGGCGGAGAGUCUCGUCACAUGAAAGUGAGGCGUGUGUACUGAGUGAGUCGGUGUGGAGGCGGUGGCGGAUGGUCCGUAGAUGGUGCCGAGUAUGCAGAGUAUAAUCUGUGAUCAGUGAUCAGAUGAUCACUCAGUGAGCGAGCGAAGCACACGUGCUGCGAGUGAGACGACGAGGGCACGCACGGCGGAGUGGUGUGUUCGAUUCUUCCUCAGUGUGAGUGAUAUCAGUAUCACCUCUCACGCAUAGCACUCAGGAGCACACGGGACCCUCAGAAGUGUGCGGGAUCCGCGAACCGGCCCAACCUAUGGCGCGUAGCCUGCGCGCGGACGGCGGCCAUGGAGCUGGACGCCGGCGCCGCGCCUGAGCGGCCCGCCUCGCCAGAGUCCGGCCGGCUGCACCUGCUCCAGUCGGCCUGUAUCUCGCUCGCCGCCAGCCAGGCCGGCCUGCCGACAGAAGCCGGCGGCGCCAGUCCCAUGGAGCGCCGCGAGCGUCUCUCGCCGGCGGCCGGCGCGCCCGACGGCCCGCUCCCCGGCGCCGCACCGCAGAACGACUCGGCCGACGCUGACAUCUUCUUCGAGUACGACACGGAGAGCGGCGCGGCCGGCUCGGCGAGCGGCGGCGCGGCCGGCGGCGCCGACACCGGCUGCGCGCUGACCUCGCCGGCCGGAGGCAGCCGCGACCUGUCUCCCGUCCUGCUGCACUUCCCGGAGAACUCGGCUACAACCACUGCCGCUGCACCUACCACCAACAACACCAACAGCGCCGGCUCCCCCGUGGUCUCCGCCGCGUUACAUCCACUCCCCGUAGACGCCGCCGCCGCCGCAGCGGCAGCAGCCACCAGCGCAGCAGCCCUCGCCGCAGCAGCGGCGCCCAUCGCCGACGAGGUCGCUGUCGAUGCCGCAGCAGUCGCCGGCGCCAUCGCCGCCGACGCUGGUGUCGCCGUAGAGGAUGUCGUUGCCGGAGCCGUGGCUGCCGAUCCUGCCGACGCCCUGGCCGGUGCAGCCGCCGCUGCCGCCGCCGCGGAGCCGAGCGGUGAUUGUUGCUUGGGCCGCUCAGAUGCGGUGCCCGUGCCGGACGGCGCCCGCUGCUGCACCUGUGAGUGUACUCAGGACGCGUGCCGACAGGCCGACCGGUCAGUGUGCAAGAAAGACUGCGACCCAGGGCCGAGCCGCGAUCAAGACGGCAACCGGGACCGCGAGCGCUGCUGCUGUUGCUGCGAGGCCGCCCGGAACGCUGAAAGGCAGGCGGGAGGACCUGCGGAAGUACCAGCGGGCGCACAAGCCGAUGCACAAGCGGACCCGACGGACGGGCAGGCGGGCGCACAAGCGGCCGGACCAGCGGACCUGCCGUCGGGCCGCUCUAACGCGGUGCCCGUGCCCGGCGGCGCGCGCUGCCGCUGUGAGUGCGCACAGAGCGCCGACCGGCCCGCACCGCCCCAGAACUGUCUCCGCCGUAUGGUGGGCGGCAGCCUGGGUAACCGGCCGCAGCAGAGUCCCAGUGAAAAGGUGGACGCCUGGCUGCGCGCCUGCCAGCAGGAGGACAGCGGCGCCAGCACGGAGGAGGAGGAGGGCGCCGAGCAGACGCAGGGCGCGGCGGCGGCGGCGGCCGAGUCGGACGAGCCGCAGUUUCAACUGGAGGAGGACCGCGCCAGUGAGCUGGAGGACAGCUCCGCCACCGAGGAGAUGGUCGACGCGCUCGGAGUGGACGACGUACACGACCUCCGCGAGCUGAUGGCGCGGGGAAUGCAGCUGCUCGACCUGGAGCCCGACCCGGAGACUCCGAGGGCCGGAGACGCGGAGGACGAGGGGCUGCCGGAGGAGGAGGAACUAGAGGGCGCCGUCGGAGGAGCGACCGGCUUCGACGACCCGCAGGACUACAGCUGCAUGAGGGGAGCCUUCGAGCCGGAGAGGGAUUACCACCGACCGCGGGAGAGGGACCACCACGGAUCUCCAGAGCGUGACUAUCACCGGCCGCCGGAUCACCACUACCGGCCGGUGCGCCCCGUACCGGCGGAGCGGCCCCCGCUCGGCGCCGAGGGUGGCGCCGUCGGCGGCGCUGCCGAUUCGGCUGACGCCGACGCGGAUGACGAGGCGGCCUCGACGAGCGGAGCCUCCUCGUCGUUCGCGCCGCCGGACCAGCUGAAACGCAGCACCUCGCUCAAAUCUGGCAAGACGCCGCCGCAGACGCCCGGCAGAAAGAAGUUUGUCCGGUUCGCCGACGCGAUGGGUCUGGAUCUGCAGCGGGUGCACACAUUUAGAGAUGAGAUCCCCACGGUGCCCGCGGCGGCGUUCCGGGGACUGGAGCUGGACAUGACCGCCCGGCCGCCGUCGCCCACGCCGCCGCCGCCAGCCACCUUUCAGAUGUCGUUCGGCUCGGCGGCGCUGUCGUCCGGCGCGGGCGGCGCGCCGCUGCGACAGCUGGUGCCCAUGUUCCUACAGCCCGGCGGCAGCCUGGGCUUCCUGGACCGUCUGCGCCGAGAACGGGUCGUACUCGAAAACGUCUGCUGCAACAACGAUGAGUACACGGUCAACGGUGUGGUUCGCGUGCUCAAUAUGGACUUUCACAAGACGGUGUACGUGCGCUACACGCUGGACGAGUGGCGGACGGCGCCCGAGCUGCGCGCCGAGUACGUGCCCGGCUCGUGCGACGGCCUCUCGGACCGGUUCCGGUUCACCCUACACGCCGGCGCCCUCUCGCCCGGCGAGAGACUGCAAUUUGUGCUGCGGUUCGAGUGUCAGGGUCAACAGUUUUGGGAUAACAAUUUCGGCGAGAACUAUCUGGUGCAAAUGAUCCGCUCCGCCUCGGCCUCGAUCGUAGACGAGCCCGGGGAGUGGAGUGGCGGCAGGCUGUGAGGCAGCGCCGCCCACUGCUGCCAUCUCUGGGCGGCGGCGAGAAGCUGUGGUUGUCGAGGGGCCGCUACGCGGUGGUCCGGUGACAAGUGUGCCAGUAUUUGUCGGGCUUAUGCCGAGCUCCUCUCGACGCGCGUGAGUGGUGCGGAGGCCUUAGGCCCGUCGGAGCCACGCGGGACGUGUCGCGGUCGACUCGUGCUGUCGGGGACGGCCGCGGACCGGCCGGAGGAGAGUUGUUUUUAAUAUUUACCGGCGUUGUGCGCCGGCGGCUGCCGCCCACUGCCCUAGGCAGGCCGCCUCGGCCGGCGGCGGGGCGCACAGCCUACUCACUCGCCUGUGUACCGUCGCUAUUAGUUUUUGGGAUGUGCUUCGCAAAAUAAACGCAAACCUUGUGAUA